CACAGCCUGAGAGAGCCUCCAUGUGUUUACUAAAAGCUACCGUGACCAAGGUCAAACAGUAUUUACUUUUACCUCUGAGCUGGGACUUCCCUACAUCAGGAUGUGGGUCAUUUAUUGAUUGUGCAAUUCUACAUUUUAGAUAUGUACACCAAAGUGACUUUCCUGCAGCACUGCACACGUGUGUUUACUGUUCAAAUGUGUCAAACCCCACCCUUCUGGCACUCGGUGUGAGAUAAAACAAACACUAAAGCAGACGCAGAUCUGACAACAGCAUGUUAGACAAAGUCUCUCCUCACCUUCGAGGUGUUAAACGCUCCGUCCUGGACUUUCUGCAGCAGCUCACGGACAUGGCCUGUGACUGCAGCCACCUAGGAGAGAGGAACACGCUGUCACUGCAUCACAUCUAUAGUGGGCUCUGUUUCUGGGACCAGCCGGGGGGCCCAACACGAGCCAACGGAGUCACACAGCAGUCAGAGGAGCCUGGAGUCUUGUCUCAAAAGUCUGCAUGUAGUGCCUGGACAGAUCAGUCAUGAUGUCUGACUCCAGGGUGUCGUCUGUGAUCCAGGAGUGGGGCAGCUCAUACCUGGGACAAACCCAGACCCAGAACCUUAACCCCGCCGUCUCCAACCCGUCUGUGUCAAACAGUGCGAUGGCUCAGAUGGAUAUGAUCUCAUACAGCCAGUCUCAGGCACUGGUCAGGGGGGGCAACGAAGACAGACUGGGUGAGCAGAUGAUGGGACUGUCCUACCUGUCAUACGCACCGCCCUGCCACAGCAACGCCACCGGCACCGGGAGCAGCCACCACCACCAGAGCCACAUCACAGCCCAGCAGGACAUGUCCCCCUUCCUCCUGCCGUCUCCUCCUUCAUCUCUGCGCACCUCGAUGACCAAGAGGACCAUCAGCAAGGACAGCACCGAGUACCGGCUGAGACGGGAGAGGAACAACAUCGCCGUGAGGAAGAGCCGGGACAAGGCCCGCAAACGCAUCCUGAUGACCCAGCAGAGGGCUGUACAGCUGCAGGAGGAGAACCAGAGGCUGCAGAUGCGCAUAGGACAGCUCACGCAGGAGCUGGACACUCUCAAACACGUCCUGUCACAGCGCCACCUGCAGGGAGUGGAGGAUGGAGGAGCAGGGGAGCACAGUAUCUGAACUAGAGUCUAAAACCCCACCUAUACACGGCAUUAACUUCUAAUCACCGCUACCAGAUGCAAUAAUAGUGUGACUAGGCCUCAAAUUAGACAAAAGUCAAAGAUUUACCUCAUUAUUCUGAAAAAGGACUGAAACUAUUUUUUAAAAGUUACAUAAAAAAUAAAAUCUGUAAAAUCAGAUUUGAAUCCCACUUGGCCGUAAUUGCACCAGUAUAGAUGUGGAUCCAAGCCCUGGGGUUAUGUCCCAACUUUAUGGGUUUAAUAGCAACUGUGAAACUAGAUUAUUGUUUGUUGAGUUUGUUUGAGCAUUGCUUUUGAGUUUUAAAGAAUGAGCAUUAAAAACUGGAGCACUGAACAAAUGGAGGAGCACCUGAACAUUUUGAAAGAGGGACCCUGAAGUCUCAGUACAAAGAGGUGUGGAUGUGAAUGAAGAUGCUCUGUAGUUGAUGUAUUUUCCAAACCGUGGUUAAGAGGAAACGUGGCGGUAGGGGCUACAGAGUGCACACGAACUGUAACUGAGCGGCAUGAACUUGAACUUCAGGGUCUGUGAACAUGAAGCGUGAAACAGCAGCAGUGAAUGUAGGACCACUUCUCAGGUUACAUAAGAUUUGCAUGGGGCUUUAGGGACGCGCUGAUGUCAGAACCCCAACCUUAGUCUAAGACGCUGGAUAAUGGGCAUUGAAAUAGGCACCUAAAUUUGGAUAUUUUUAAAAUCUUUGCAAAUCCCAAAUCAGCCUAGUUAUGAUUCUUGACGGCAGCAUCCACACAUACAUUCAUAAUCCUCACGGUGUCUUCAAAAAGGAGAUUACCCUGCGCCUCAGACAGAUUUACUAUAGGAUUAGAUUGAACAAACAUUGCAUAAUCAUCUACCUGAUAUUUCUUCUCAUUGUCAGAGAUGAUUGUAAGAGUUGUUGCCCAAUAGGAUUACACAAGAACCUGUGGUUAGUAGAGGAUUUAAUGAAAUCUAAUACUCUUAUCUCUUGUCACUAAAUGAAGGACUACUUGAAAUGAUUAUGAUG